GAGGCGCCCCCGCCCCCACCGAGAGCCACUGCCGCAGGGGAGUGUGGGAGCCACAAGCAGCGUGCAGCACAACAGGAGCGAUGGCCGCCUUCAUGGACGACAGCGCCGAUAUGGAGUCUCUGGACGACGUGGCGAAGCCCCAGUCCUACAUCUUUGGCUGCGAGCUCAACGCUGCCAAGAAAGUGUACAAGUUCAACCCGGAGGACGAUGACGAUCACGCGGAAAUGCACCUGAUGCUGAGUUCGGUGUGUGUGGCGCCCGAGGCGGAGGACCGUUUCCACGUGUUGGAGGUGACCACCCUGGGCAAGGGCGGCAAGCCGGUCACCAUCCCCAUCGCCACUCUCAAGCCGUCCGUCCUGCCCUCGCUCUCGCUCUCGGGGUUUGACCUGGCGGCUCCCGUGGUGCUGACGCUCAAGUGCGGCUCAGGCCCAGUCUACAUCUCGGGGCAGCAUGUCGCCUAUCCCUGCAACGAUUUCCACGACGACGACGACGACGACGAUGACGAUGAUGACGAGGAGGAGCCGCCGAAGCUCGUGCCAGCGCCCAACAAGCGGCCUGCGCCCUUCAAGGUGCCGCAGAUUGCCAAGAAAAAAACCAAGCUGGAUGAAGAUGAUGAAGAUGAUGAAGAUGAUGAUGACGACGAUGACGACAGCAGCUACGACGACGACGAUGAUGACGAUGACGACGAUGAUGAAGAUGAGGAGGAGGUGCCCAAGCAGAAGGUCCUCGUGAAGGCGCCUACCCUGGGCAAGGCCGCGCCUGGCCCCAAAGUGAACGGCACCCCCAACAAAAAGCCAGAGCCAGCACUGGCUAAGACGCCAGUCAAGGCAGACAAGACUCCGGCGAAGGUGGUAAAGCCACCGGCAAAGGUGGACAAGACAGCGGCAAAGGUGGACAAGACACCGGCAAAGGUGGACAAGACACCGGCUAAGGUGGACAAGACACCGGCAAAGGUGGUGAAGGCACCGGCAAAGGUGGACAAGACACCGGCUAAGGCAGAGAAGACCCCAGCCAAGGCAGCGAAAACUCCUGUCCAGACGGAGCAGGCGUCCUCGAAGGAAGGCAAAGCGGUGUCAGGGCUCAAGACACCGAAGAGCGGCGCGGAGUCCAAGAAGGGGGAGGCCAAGCCGGUAGCCACGCCGGGUUCCAAGACCCCCAAGACCCCCAAGUCACCCAAGUCCCCUAAAGGCCCCAUCUCCCUGGAGGAAGUGAAGACCAAACUGAAGGAGCAGAUAGAAAAGAACAUGGGCAUGCCCAAGACGGAGGAGAAGUUUGGGAACUUUUUGAAGAGCUCCUUCAAGGUGGAGGACACCAAGGUCAUGAAGGAGCUGUGGAGUUGGAGCUUGACGCAGACAAAGUCUUGAGGAGCUCCCGACACCCAACCCCCGGGGGGGGGGCUUCAUCACAGUCCGUCCAACUGGGCCCUGUCCCCUGCCGUCCCCCCCACCUGCCAGCUCAUCACCCCCCCCCCCCCCCCCUUUUAAUCGCGGAGACGGCGUUAGGCAUGACAUUGUUUUGUGUGUGUAUGUUCAGGUUUAUUUGGCGCGGUUUUAACAUCACACGUUUUAUUACUUUUUUUACUGACGCACGAAGGGCGGCAACAUUAAGUGAAGUCUGCAGAGGCCCCAAACGAUCCGUUAAGUGAAGCUGCGAGAACAGCGGAGGGAGGGAGGCGGUCCGAGUUGAUGCCUGGUUGCUGUCUCUUUGGGGGGGGGGGGGGUGAUCUUGAGAUCGUUUUGCCGACCCCAAGGAGGAGCUUCCUGCCCUAGGACAGUGUUUCUCAACCGGGGGUACGCGAGGUGAUUUAUAAAUGUGUGAAGUUGCAUACAUCAGUCAUGGGUGAAUAAUGUGUAUGUAUCUGCCAAUAUAAAAUAACGAGAAAGGUUAAAUCCAUAUGGUAACCUCGAGUGAUAUAUCAGACAUUUCUAAACUCGUUGAUCGUACGCAAGGUGCAGGGUCAACGCGACCCAAUCGUGUCGCGCGCACAGAGCGUCUCUUAAAGUUGCUUUCAUUCGCUUUCAGUUAGCCUGUGAGGAUACCUCACAAAAUGGACAAGCGGUUAAAAUAUUGACGUUCAUUAAUUCGUACCUUUAUUUCUCAGAACCAUGUUGGGUCAGGCAAGAGAUGCGGGUGGGGGGGUACAGUAGUAGCCAAACUAAGGUUGAGAACCACUGCCCUGGCAAGUUCCUGGAGGUCCCCUCGAGGUCCCUGGAGGUCCCCUCGAGGUUCCUGGAGGGUCCCCGCUGUGCCCCCCGAUUGUGGUGCACCUCGUGCUUGUGGCGCCUAAUGAGUUUGGCGCGGUGCGUGGCCUUUGUUACUUGUGGACAAUAAAAGUGUGUUGGAUACCA